GUGAAACUCACACAGUCGAUGUUAUUGAGAGCUGAAAUGGAGCAGAAAGAUCAACUCACCCACUGCUAUGCUGGACCUGAAGAUGUGGCCUGUGAUGUCUGCACUGGGAGGAAAAGGAAAGCUGCCAAGUCCUGUCUGGUUUGUUUGGUUUCUUAUUGUGAGAAACAUCUCCAACCUCACUAUGGUUCUCCAUCAUUUAAAAAUCACAAGCUAGUGAAUCCUUCCAAGAACCUCCAGGAGAACAUCUGCUCUCGUCAUGAUGAGGUGAUGAAGAUCUUCUGUCGUACUGAUCAGCAGAGUAUCUGUUAUCUCUGCACUAUGGAGGAACAUAAAGGCCAUGAAACAGUCCCAGCUGCAGCAGAAAGAACUGAGAAGCAGAAGAAGCUCCAGGAGAGUCAACAACAAAUCCAUCAGAGAAUCCAGGACCAAGAGAAAGAUGUGAAGCUGCUUCAACGAGAGGUGGAGGCCAUCAAUGUCUCUGCUGAUAAAGCAGUGGAGGACAGUGAGAAGAUCUUCACUGAGCUGAUCCGUCUCCUCCAGGAAAGAAGCUCUGAUGUGAAGCAGCAGAUCAGAUCCCAGCAGGAAACUGAAGUGAGUCGAGUCAAAGAUGUUCAGGAGAAGCUGCAGCAGGAGAUCACUGAGCUGAAGAGGAAAGACGCUGAGCUGGAGCAGUUCUCACACACAGAGGAUCACACCCAGUUUCUCCUCAACUACCCCUCACUGCCAGCACUCAGUGAGUCUACAGGAUCAUCCAGCAUCAUUGUUCGUCCUCUGAGACACUUUAAGGACAUAACAGAAGCUGUGUCAGAGCUCAGAGACAAACUACAGGACGUCCUGAGAGACUCAUGGACAAACAUAGCUGAAAUUUAUGUUUUAAAGUCAGAACCAGAACCAAAGACCAGAGAUGAAUUCUUAAUAUAUUCAGAACAAAUCACGCUGGAUCCAAACACAGCACACAGAAAUAUGUUAUUAUCUGAGGGGAACAGAAUAGCAACAGGAACGAAGCAAAAACAGUCUUAUCCUGAUCAUCCAGAUAGAUUCACUGGUUAUUGUCAGGUUUUGAGCAGAGAGAAUCUGAUUGAACGUUGUUACUGGGAGGUGGAAAUGAGAGGAGAGGGAGUUUGUGUAGCAGUUUCAUACAAGAACAUCAGCAGAGCAGGAAGUUCAAUGGAUGCUAUACUGGGAUUUAAUGAUAAAUCAUGGUCGUUAUAUUUUGACAAAUUCCAUUACAAAUUUUGGCACGACCGCAUUGAAACUCCAGUACCAGGUCCAGUUUCCUCCAGAGUGGGAGUGUAUCUGGACCACAGAGCAGGUAUUCUGUGUUUCUACAGCGUCUCUAAAACCAUGACUCUGAUCCACAGAGUCCAGACCAGAUUCACUGAGCCUCUACUUGCUGGCAUUGGACUUUCUGAAGGAUCAUCUGCUGAGUUCAUUAAUCCUAAACAGUUAGCAGUGAUUUGAAGUCUAUUUGGUUAAAAUUUGUAGUUUUGCUUCAGUUUCUUUCAGCUCCAUCACUGGAUGGUGAGAUUGUUAUUAUACAUUGUUCAGAGGUCAGCUGUCUUUAUGGAGCUACUUUGUCAUUGUGUCUGUUGUUUCGUUGAUGUUGGAGUUUGUUUGGGUGCUGACACUUCCUGUUUCCAUCAUCAUUAAAAUGAUUGCAUUCCCAUUUGUUGCUUUAUCAGACUAAAUGCUGCAGUUAAAAUCCAUGUACAGAUCAGCUGAUGAAAAUUGUAAUUAUCAUUCAAGACAUUGUCAUUAUUUCAUUGGACAAAGAUCAGAUCUUGGAUCAAGAUUGUGGAUUUGCAACAUUUAUUUUGUGAGGACAAGUGAUUAACUCCCAAAUAUGUUUUUAUACCCAAUAAUCUGCGGACAUUAAUGUUUCAUUAGUUUGAAACUUUUAAAAACUCUGGAAAUCCAUGAAAACAUUUGAAGAUUUAUUGUAAUGGGAUGUUAGUUUUC